AUGCAAAUCCCAUUUGUAACCUACUUUGCCGAAUACCUCGGAUUCUUCAUUGCGUUCUUCGCGAAUCUCACUCUUAUCCACCUCAUUCUGACAAGGACCAAAAACAACUUUGGCUCAUACAAAUAUCUGAUGCUUUGGUUUGCAUGUUUCUCGCUUUGGUAUUCUAUAAUUGAUAUUCUAACUCAACCAGCAAUGCACUCAUAUCUCAACAGCUACAUUGUAUUUUGUGCCAGCUGGUUCAAAUAUGAUCCUGUCUUGGCCCCAAUCAUUAUCACCAGCUACUGCACCUCCUAUGGCUUAACCCUUGUCCUCCUUGCUAUUCAUUUCAUCUACCGGUACAUCGCAAUGAUCCGUCCGAAUCAGAUCCACUGGUUCAAGUAUCCACAUGCUCUCAUCUGGCCAAUCAUUUUUUCAGUGGUUGCUGUAUUCUGGUGGUGUAAUGUCUAUUUCUUGUUGAGUAGUAAUCCAACAUUUGACGCAUAUUUGAAUGAAACCAUCUAUGAAAACUAUGAAGAACGGAUUGAACGACUCUCCUAUAUUGGACCUUUGUAUUUUAUUGUUGGAGAGCAAGGAGAUAUUCAAAUUCAAUGGAAAAGUUGUCUCGGAAUGAUCAACGUCUACUGUAUUAUAACAACUCUUGUCACAAUAAUGUGUUUGGGCUACUCGGUUUAUAAAAAGAUGCAAUCAGUUAACGACCUGGUGGCGGAGAAGACUCGAGCUCUUCAGAAACAACUGUUCCAUGCACUCGUACUCCAGACAAUAGUCCCAAUCAUCUUCAUGUAUUCUCCAACUACUGUACUCUUCAUUUGCCCGAUUAUUGGUGUAGAAUUGGGUGUGAUCGCCAACAUGACAUCAAUCUGUUUGGCUCUCUACCCCGCUUUAGAUCCAUUGGUGGUAAUGUACUUUAUCCGCGACUACCGUACCUAUUUGAUGAAAAAGCUCAACUUGACGAGAAGUGUCUCAACAACGACCAGAAACACAUCAAUCACAAAACACGAUACGGGCAUUAUUUGA